AAAAACGUUCUUUAUUUUUAGAGUGAACAAAAAUGUCGUUAUUUAAAGCCCGUGACUGGUGGUCUGCUGUGCUGGGAGAGAAAGAAGAAUUUGACCAAGGCUGUUUGUGUCUGGCAGAUGUUGACAACUCUGGAGACGGACAAGAUAAAAUAAUUGUGGGCAGCUUUAUGGGAUACCUAAGAAUCUUUAACCCCCACCCUGUAAAAACAGGAGAUGGAGCUCAGGCUGAAGAUUUACUUCUAGAGGUCCACUUGCGAGCCCCAGUACUGCAGGUGGAAGUGGGGAAGUUUGUCUCAGGCACCGAAAUGCUUCACUUGGCUGUGCUACAUCCUAGAAAGCUCUGUGUCUACUCUGUCUCAGGAACCUUGGGUAAUGUGGAACAUGGGAACCAGUAUCAUAUCAAAUUGAUGUAUGAACAUAAUCUCCAGAGGACAGCCUGCACUAUGACACAUGGGCCAUUUGGCGGCGUGAAAGAGAGAGAAGCUGAGAGAGAAGUGGGAGAUACAGAGAAAGAGAGACAGAGACACCUGCAGCCCUGGGUCACCACUUGGAAGUUUCCCCCUUGCAGGUGGGGACAGGGCUUUGUACUGUGGUUCUUGUGUGUUGUAAAGUGCUCCGAACCAGGUCGAGAUUUGAUUUGUAUCCAGUCUAUGGAUGGAAUGCUGAUGGUGUUUGAGCAGGAAAGCUAUGCUUUUGGGAGGUUUCUCCCCGGUUCUCUUCUGCCUGGCCCUCUUGCUUACAGUUCCCGUACAGAUUCCUUUAUUACUGUCUCUUCCUCCCGACAAGUGGAAAGCUACAAGUACCAAGUUCUUGCUUUCGCAUCAGAUGCAGAUAAAAAACAGGAGGCUGAACAUCAAAAACUUGGUUCUGGAAAAAGAUUGAUUGCGGAUUGGACUCUAAAUAUUGGGGAGCAAGCCCUUGAUAUUUGCAUUGUCUCCUUUAAUCAGUCAGCAUCUUCUGUUUUUGUUCUUGGUGAGAGAAACUUUUUUUGCCUGAGAGAGAAUGGACAAAUUCGAUUCAUGAAGAAACUCGAUUGUAACCCAAGCUGUUUUCUCCCAUAUUGCUCAGUUUCUGAAGGAACAGUAAAUACUUUGGUUGGGAACCAUAACCGUCUGUUGCAUAUUUAUCAAGAUGUGACACUUAAGUGGGCCACUCAGCUUCCUCAUGUCCCUGUAGCAGUAAGAGUGGGCUGUUUGCACGAUUUAAAGGGUGUCAUAGUCACUCUGAGUGAUGAUGGCCACUUACAGUGCUCCUACCUAGGGACAGACCCGUCUUUGUUCCAAGCACCAAAAGUUGAAGCUCGAGAAGUAAACUACGAUGAACUCGAUGUAGAAUUGAAGGAACUUCAGAAAAUCAUCAAAGAUGUUAACAAAACACAAGGGAUUUGGCCUGUCACUGAGAGGGAAGACGACUUGAAAGUCUCUGCUGCAGUUUCGCCUUACUUGGAUUCAGUGUCUCAAGCUGCCGGUGUUGAAAUAGGAACUGACCAUGUCCCUUCAAUCACGGUGAAGGUCAUACUGCAGAAUCGAGUGGUCUUGCAAAAAGUCAAAUUAUCAAUUUAUGUUCAAUCUCCGUUAGUUUUAACUUGUGAUCAAUUCAGCAUAGAAUUUACUGCACCAGAGAUGACUAGGACAGUGUCUUGUUCUGUUUAUCUAAAAGGAAGCCACACGCCACCUGAAUUGGAAGGAAACGCUGUGGUUUCUUACAUCAGCCCUACAGAUCGAAAUCCUGAAGGCAUUCCUCGAGUGGCUCAGUGUAAAUUUAGACUCCCCCUGAAAUUAGUCUGCCUACCAGAUCAGCCUUCAAAAACUGCGAGCCACAAGCUAACUAUUGAUACCAACAAACCUCCAGUCAGUCUCCUCAGUCUUUUUCCAGGAUUUGCCAACCAGUCAGAAGACGAUCAAGUGAACGUGAUGGGUUUUCGCUUCUUAGGAGGUUCCCGGGUGACUCUCCUCGCUUCCAAAACCUCUCAACGGUAUCGAAUUCAGAGUGAACAGUUUGAAGACCUUUGGCUCAUAACAAAUGAGCUUAUUAUCCAGCUACAAGAAUAUUUUGAAAAACAAGGAAUCAGAGAUUUUGCCUGUUCUUUUUCUGGAUCAAUGCCACUUCAAGAAUAUUUUGAGUUGAUCGAUCAUCAUUUUGAGCUGCGACUGAAUGGUGAAAAGUUAGAAGAACUUUUGUCCGAAAGAGCCAUACAAUUCCGGGCUAUUCAACGGCGGCUCCUAACGAGAUUCAAAGAUGAAACCCCAUCUCCUCUGCAACACCUGGACACCUUGUUAGAUGGGACUUACAAGCAGGUAAUCGCUCUAGCAGAUGCAGUAGAAGAAAACCAAGACAGUCUGUUCCAGUCAUUUGCCAGGCUGAAAAGUGCCACCCAUCUGGUGAUUCUACUGAUUGGGCUGUGGCAAAAGCUCAGUGCUGACCAGAUCGCUAUUCUAGAAGCAGCAUUUCUGCCACUGCAGCGGGACACUCAAGAACUGGGUUGGGAGGAAACAGUGGAUGCUGCUGUUUCCCACCUCCUGAAGACCUGCCUUUCAAAGAGCUCCAAAGAGCAGGCUUUACACCUCAACAGCCAGCUGAACAUCCCCAAAGACACCAGCAGACUGAAGAAACACAUCACACUGCUUUGCGACCGAUUAGCCAAAGGUGGGCGUCUCUGCCUAACUACUGAUGCCGUUGCUCCACAGACCAUGGUCAUGCCAGGUGGCUGUGCUACGAUCCCUGAAUCCGACCUAGAGGAGAGAUCAGCAGAACAAGACUCUGCAGAGCUGUUUACCAACCACAAACACCUCAUUGGAAAGCCUUCCAGUCCAGAAGCGUCAUCCCUCCAAGGAGCUGUGGAAUAGUUCCCAAAGAGUUGAGUGGUUGAAGGAAGAGGGCCUUCUCAGUGCUGACCCGCGUAGAUGUCAUGCCAAGCGCUUGUGUGGAACUCACCCAGGCGCUUAUGCAGCUCACCUGCAUGGAGGUGAUACUGUUCAGAGAGGGGAAUCUGGACAUUUUUAUUACUAUUAUUACUAUUAUUAUCAUCAUCAUUAUUUUUACUAUUAUUAUUUUGCUAGGACUUGUAGUACCUCAAAUCAGUUGAAAUCUUACCAAGGAAGGAUAUUGCUGCUUUUUGGUCACCUGCAUGAUUGCAACCAAAGGAUAUUUAAGAUGACAUCAGUUUGGGACAGAGUCUGUAAUGCAUAGAACCUAGAUCCAAAGCAAUAUGAUAUCCCCCGCCCUUCCCCCCAAAAAAAAACGUCUUACAUGACAAAUGUAUCAGGUUUAAUAAAGCACCUCAUUAUCAAACA